AUGGGGAAGAAUCCCAGGAGGCUUGGAGAGGGCGGCUAUGGGAAGGCCUUUUUGAACAGGGAGGGUGGCGUGGUGAUGAAAUUCGCAUCCUCUGUUGAGGUAUACCGAACCUUUAUUCUGGAAGCCAUGGUCAUGAAGCUCUUUGCCGAAUACCAGAGCGGCUUCCAGCGCCUCGUAGGCCUCUGCCCAGACAAACUAGGUCUCGUGACCAGGUAUGCCGGCCUUUCCUUGGCCCACUAUGUCGAGUCCGGCAAACUGCAGACGAAUCACAAGUACUCCAUCUUGACGCAGCUCUGCAAGAUCCUGUCGGACUUGCACCAGCAUGGCUUCGUCCACAACGACGUCAAGGUGCAGAACAUGUGUGUCAGUGUGACGGAGUCGGGUCUCGUGCUGACCCUUAUCGACUUCGGCAUCACCUUAUUGGCUGGCUGUAAAGUAGGGCUAGAAGCCCGGUGGGAUGCUUCUCUCAUCUACGCUCCCGAGAUCUGCGGCCGAAACAGCGGCGUGUGCAGCAGCAAAUCCGACACCUUCAGUGUCGGCAAGGUCCUGCGUGAACUCUUCAAAGACUUGCCGAUGCCACCCCUGCUCAAAAGCUGGUACGCUAAGAGCCAGUCCAAGUGCCCGAGCGAGCGCAGCAACCUGUCCCUGCUGGUGAAGGCCGUGGAGGAUCUGCGGCUGGGCCACUGA